AUGCUCAUGAAAGAGUCAAAUGUCGUCCACAUAUCCGCCCCUGUCACAGUAGUCGGAGACAUACACGGCCAAUUCUUCGACAUGCUCGAGAUCUUCAAAAUUGGCGGUUUCUGCCCGGACACGAACUACCUCUUCCUCGGUGACUACGUGGACCGAGGUCUCUUUAGUGUCGAGACCAUCAGCCUGCUGGUGUGCCUAAAACUACGAUACCCGCAGCGAGUGCAUCUCAUAAGAGGAAAUCACGAGAGUCGGGGCGUUACGCAAAGUUAUGGCUUCUACACCGAAUGCGCGCGGAAGUAUGGCAAUGCAAAUGUGUGGCACUAUUUCACGGACAUGUUCGAUUUCCUCACACUGUCGGUCGUCAUCAACAAUCAGAUCUUCUGCGUGCACGGGGGCUUGAGCCCGAGCAUACACUCGAUCGACCAGAUCAAGAUUAUUGAUCGCUACCGAGAAAUACCACACGAGGGACCAAUGGCAGAUCUGGUCUGGUCGGACCCGGACCCGGAAAGAGACGAGUUCUCGCUGUCGCCGAGAGGAGCAGGAUACACAUUUGGUGGCGACGUGGUCAAGAAGUUCCUGCAAGUGAAUAGCAUGAGCCAUAUUCUGAGAGCACACCAACUAUGUCAGGAGGCUACCAGAUACUGUAUGACGACCGCUUGA